AUGUUGUCCAAUCCUCUCCGUCGCUAUUCUGCGUAUCCCGACAUCUCCUCGGCGUCUUUUGACCCGAACUACCAUGGAUCUCAAUCCCAUCUCCACUCAAUAAACGUAAACACGUUUAACAACAACGGUCACCCCUAUCCUAUGCAACACCUUUCUCAACACGCAGAGCUUUCAAACUCGCGUAUGAUCAGGGCCAACCCGGCACAGCCAAAGCAACGCCAGGGUUCUCUUGUUGUUGCCAGAAAGAAUUCCACAGGGACUACUGGGCCAAUCAGGAGGAGAAUCAGCCGCGCCUGUGACCAGUGCAACCAGCUACGUACAAAAUGCGAUGGCUUACAUCCUUGUGCCCAUUGUAUAGAAUUCGGCCUCGGUUGCGAGUAUGUCCGAGAGAGAAAGAAGCGAGGGAAGGCUUCGCGCAAGGAUAUUGCUGCUCAGCAGGCAGCUGCCGCGGCGGCACAGCAUCCUGGCCAGGCCCAGGAUAGCCAAGAAGAUCGCAAACUUUUACGCCAGCAGAGUGAGUCUUCACGUGGCAGUACUGAACUUCCCCAAGCAGCCCAUGACCAGCCUCAUGGUCACAUAGAGGGCUCUGUCAGCUCCUUCAGCGACAAUGGGCUGUCCCAACAUCCUGCGAUUGGGUCAAUGGAUGGUCUUGAAGAUCACCAUGGCCACGUCGGAGUUGACCCUGCCCUGAGCAGAGGUCAGUUGGAGCCAUCGUCCGCAAUGGGCUUGGGUCCAUAUGGCGAAGUUCACCACAACUAUGAUAGCCCCGGCAUGAAUGGGCAUGUAAUGGUAGCCCCUUCGUAUGGCCAGACGCAAACCACCAUGCCCGGGUAUUCGGGCAUCAACUACGCUACACAAGCCCCGAGUCCGGCGACUUAUAGCAGCGACGGCAACUUUCGACUCAGCGCCGGCCACAUCCAAGAGUACCCCAUGGCAAAUGGGAGCUCACCCUCGUGGGGAGUCUCGCUAGCCUCGCCUUCUGGCCAGUUCCAGCUUCAGCUUUCCCAGCCCAUCUUCAAGCAGAGUGAUCUGCGAUACCCCGUCCUUGAGCCCCUACUACCUCACUUGGGAAACAUCCUCCCCCUUUCGCUGGCCUGCGAUCUGAUUGACCUGUACUUUUCCUCAUCUUCAUCGGCACAAAUGCACCCAAUGUCUCCAUACGUUUUGGGUUUCGUGUUCCGAAAGCGCUCCUUUUUACAUCCCACAAACCCGAGGAGGUGCCAGCCCGCGCUGCUUGCGAGCAUGCUGUGGGUAGCAGCGCAGACCAGCGAGGCGUCUUUCCUGACGAGCCUCCCCUCCGCAAGGAGCAAGGUCUGCCAGAAGCUGCUCGAGCUGACUGUGGGACUUCUUCAGCCCUUGAUCCACACCGGCACAAACAGCCCUUCCCCCAAGACCAGCCCGGUAGUUGGCGCGGCUGCCUUGGGAGUUCUUGGCGUUGCUAUGCCAGGCUCGCUGAACCUGGAUUCCCUGGCCGGUGAAACAGGUGCCUUUGGAGCCAUAGGAAGCCUCGACGAUGUCAUUACCUAUGUGCAUCUUGCCACAGUCAUCUCCGCCAGCGAGUAUAAGGGCGCCAGCCUACGAUGGUGGGGUGCCGCGUGGUCUCUCGCCAGGGAGCUUAAGCUUGGCCAAGUGGAUGAGCACGACUUGAACAGAAACAACACACGCUUUGUGACAGAAGAGGAGCGGGAGGAGCGGCGGCGAGCUUGGUGGCUAGUUUACAUUGUCGAUAGGCACCUGGCUCUUUGCUAUAACCGCCCCCUGUUUCUCCUUGAUAGCGAGUGCAGCGACCUCUUCCACCCCAUGGACGACAUCAAGUGGCAAGCGGAUGAGUUUGGCGACAGCCCGCGUGUUGCUCGUGGGGCUCAUUACGAGUGUCGUGGCCGCAGCAUCUUUGGCUAUUUCUUGUCUCUGAUGACCAUCCUGGGCGAGAUUGUCGACGUUCAUCACGCAAAGAGCCACCCGCGAUUUGGCGUCGGGUUCCGCUCUGCGCGGGAUUGGGACGAGCAAGUUGCUGAGAUUUCCCGACACCUGGACAUGUAUGAAGAGAGUCUAAAGCGGUUCACUGGAAAGCAUCUUCCAAUGGCCCCAAAGGACAAGGAGCAGCAUGAGAUUCACGACAACGGAGCCGUGCCGGACAUGCAGUCUCCGCUCUCGGUGCGGACCAAUGCGUCCAGUCGUAUGACGGAGAGUGAGAUCCAGGCCAGCAUCGUGGUAGCCUACAGCACCCAUGUGAUGCAUGUCCUCCACAUUCUGCUCGCAGAUAAAUGGGACCCCAUCAAUCUUCUGGAUGACGACGACCUGUGGAUUUCAUCAGAAGGGUUCGUGACGGCAACGAGCCACGCGGUAUCGGCUGCCGAAGCCAUCAACCAGAUUCUUGAAUUCGACCCCGGCUUGGAGUUUAUGCCAUUCUUUUACGGCGUCUACCUCCUCCAGGGAUCUUUCCUCCUCCUCUUGAUCGCCGACAAGCUGCAAGCUGAAGCGUCUCCAAGUGUCAUCAAGGCAUGUGAGACCAUUGUGCGAGCACACGAAGCUUGUGUGGUGACUCUGAGCACAGAGUAUCAACGAAACUUUAGCAAGGUCAUGCGAAGCGCGCUUGCACUGAUUCGGGGUCGUGUGCCAGAGGAUCUAGCUGAGCAGCAGCAACGACGACGCGAACUCCUUGCGUUGUACCGAUGGACGGGUAACGGAACCGGCCUCGCCCUUUGA